AUGAGCUGCUCGCACGCUGCCUGCACUCUCCACUCGCUCUUUCUUUCUCUGUCCCGGGUGUCUCAUGCUGCUGAGCGGGCACUCCUCACCUCCUGCCAGCAGCCCCCUGCCGCACUCAGCAGACUCCAGCGGAGGUGUCCGAGCGGACAGCAGCCCCCCCAGUAACCGAGGAAGCCCCCCUCCAGCGGCCAGCACGGGACAGCAAUGCGCAGGCAGUAUGGCCAAAUGGAUCAAGGAGCACCUAGGCUUCAAGAGCUCCAAACCGCCGCCUCCAGCCCCUCCUAAACCGGAUUACAGGCAGUGCCUGGCUGGGGGAGCCCCCACUCACCAUCACCACCAUCACCAUCACCUGCACUCCUCCACAGGACCCCAGUUCCCAGUAACUCCUGCUGGACAACCUGAUAUCCUGGCUGCUUACAAACUCCAGAAGGAUAGGGACUUUGAGGACCCCUACACUAAUGCCAGUGCCACAGGUGCAGGUGGGUCCCCACAGAACACCUCCACAGCCCCCACCACAGCUCCUGCUUCUGGCACAGCCCAGUCCCCCUCUAGCCCAUCACCCUCACCUGAUGUCAAGUAUGUGUCUCCAAAGCACAGGCUCAUCAAGGUGGACACUGGCGACAAAGGUGGUUCAAGUCCCACCAGUAGCACCAUCCCAGGUACCUCCAACAAUCCAGGACAACCUUUUGUGGCAGUUCCUGGCAUGAAGUCUCCUCCAGCCACCUCCUCCACCCCUCAGUGUGAUGACACCAAGCAGGACAAAGUAAUAAUUCUUGAAGACUAUGCAGACCCAUUUGAUGCUAAACAGGUACCAGGUAGUCAGGCUGCACCAGAGAAAGUAGCAGAAAAUGAUGGGUAUAUGGAACCAUACGAGGCCCAAAAGAUGAUGGCAGAAAUCCGUAGAAGAGGUUCCAAAGAGCUGCCGUGUAAACCUUUACACUUAUAUGACACACCGUAUGAGCCCUCAAAAAAUGGACUAGAUGCAGAAGAAGAAAUAUCAUGUCAACAACCACGGGAAUCUCGUUUGCCACAAGAUGAUGAAAGGCCUCCAGAGGAAUAUGACCAGCCAUGGGAAUGGAAGAAAGAUCGGAUCUCAAAAGCAUUUGCAGUUGAAAUUAAAGUAAUUAAAGAUCUACCUUGGCCACCACCUGUGGGACAGUUGGACAGCAUUACGGCCAACCAGGAAAGUAAUACGAACACUUCAUUUUCACAGCAGCCUCCACCUUCUCCACACUUACCAUCUAAGAGCGACAUCGAAGACGCCAAUGCCCAGUUUGAUGGUGCUGAAAAAACAGGCAUGUCACCAUCCAAAGAGGACAAACUCAGACACACGCACAGACAUUCAGCUGGAAACACGAAGGCAAUCAAGCAUCCAAGCAUAGAACACACCAACUCAGUGGGAGAAAGAAUAGACCCUUCCUUACCAUUAGAGAGUCAAUUUUGGUACCAUGGUGCAAUCAGCCGUACAGACGCCGAGAGCCUCCUGAGGCUGUGUAAAGAAGCAAGUUACCUGGUUCGAAACAGCGAGAGCAGCCAGAUUGACUUUUCCUUAUCACUGAAGAGCAGUCAAGGAUUCAUGCACAUGAAACUUUCCCGUACCAAAGAAAAUAAAUAUGUACUUGGGCAAAAUAGCCCACCCUUUGAUACCGUACCGGAAAUCAUAAACUACUACUCCAGCCGCAAAUUACCAAUAAAAGGAGCAGAACACAUGUCUUUGCUAUACCCAGUUGCAAUCCGGACUUUAUAGCGAUUUGCUGUGAACUUCUGUGAGAUUACGGACUAUCAUUUAUAACAACAACAGACUAAAUGGGAGCAUGAUGUUGCCUUCACACGACCAUGCAGGGGACAUGGCUAAUACGUUUCUGAUAAUGUUGGCAAAGAAUCCUUUCAGCCCAAAAUAGAAAAUGCUAAGUGGCACUGUUUUUGUUGUUUGUUUGGUUCCUUCUUUUUCUUUUUCUUUAAAAAAAAGUUUUAUUUAACCUUUCACUUUUCAGUGUUUGGAGUAAAGACCGAUAUAAAAGAGUGAGCUAUGGUACUUAAAGGGGUGAUUAUUUGUUCCCACAGUUGCUCUUGAUUUCUUUUGUUCUUUUGAUUUUAUGUGUAUCUUUUUAAAAUAUAAUGCUCAAAGUUUAUCACUGGGAUUUACCAGCAGUGUAGGAUCAUCUUAGAUGGAUCAAUCAGUGAUACGGUAAUUCUGACAGAUUCUCUUGUAUCAAUGGAAGAUCUGUCUGUGCGUACGUAAAGAGAUCUUUGAGUCUUGCAUUACUAGCAAUACCUAAAGACAAACUUUGAACAGAACUCAUAUCAAGUGGCCUGUGUCUUAAAGUCUGUUGUAAAAAUGAACUGGGAUUGUACAUCCCGAAUGUUGCAAUACUACCAUAUCUAUUAAGUGCUUGUUAUUUAAAAUAAAAAAAAUUAUUU